AUGGGCUCUUCACAAUCGAAAUCCAAGACUACAGGCAAGACCACGGGUGAGCAACUAGGCUUUAAAGCGAUUGCAAUAGCCACAGCUCGCCACCUUUCUGAUUUCAAGAAAGGGAGCAAGAACGGCGAGGGCGCCUUUACGCCUCGAUGUGAAGCGACACCACCACCAGCGUACGAAAGUUCUAUUGUCGCUCCUGGAAAGUUGGGAGAGAAAUCCUCUACAGUCAAGAAAGCUGAAAAUCAACCUGAGGUCCCUAAAUGGAUUUACAAAUCCGUCUUCUCGCCUGGAGGCAGUAUUCAAAUCACUUCAAAAGAAGGUGAGAAAUUCACUGUGGAUGGUGGCAAAGUCCGUGCUUCUAGCCGAAUUCUGGCUGAGAGACUGACAUGCAAACUGUCCGAUCCGGAACCGAAGGUAGAAUUGAUUUUCCAAGAUCAAAUGGAAACUUCAGAUGUUAUCCUCAAGUAUAUCGACAUACUCAAAGGUGAAAUCUUGCCCAUCAAAUCAGCCAAGCCAGUAUAUGUGGACACCAUUCUCAAUUAUACUAUUGUAAAGUUGAUUCAGUUCUUAAACAAAUAUGAAAUGAAAACCGAAAUCAAGUUUUUACAGCUGAACGUUCAUAAUUGGUUUUACACUUAUUUGGAAGAUAAAGGUCAUGUAAUCCAAUACCGGAUUUCAACUUUGGCUUUCUUCAUAUAUUCAGCUUUGCUAGACGAUGAUCUCUUCUGCAAAGAGAUAAUGAGAAGGAGCUAUUAUGAGGUGUAUCCAUAUGGUCAACACACCGGUAUGACGAUCUGGAAUAUCGUUUAA